AUGGCCAUGCUACCACUUACCGUCCGCCCACUUCAACAUCCUCCGGGCUCAAGCAUUGAUUUCGGUGUUGAGAUCGAAGGUGUUGAUUUAGAAAAACUCACUGAGGAGCAGUUUGAGACGAUUCGGAAGGCCCUCUACGAGUAUCACGUCGUGGUGUUCAAACACCAGCAAGGGCUAUCACCUAAAGCCCAGUAUGAGCUGACUAAGCGCUUUGACCCAGUAUCUGACAACUAUGGACAUGGCAAGACCAUCGAUGUGAAAAGAAGCAUUCUUCAUCCUGAUCUCAAGACUAUCCCUCAUCAGCCACAAGUGCAGGUGAUUGGAAAUGGACACAUUGAUUCGUACGAAGGUCUCAAAGACAUCACAUUACGUCAUCCUCACCACCGGACAUUUCACCAAGAUCACAUCCCGGACGAGAAGGACUAUGAAUUCACCCGGUUCUAUCGCUGGCAUAUCGACGCUGCGCUUUACGGCUUGUACCCGCCCCAGGUGACAACGCUAAUGGCUGUCAGCGUGCCCAAAGGCCGCCGACAGACAUUACUGUAUGAUGAUGGAACCGGAGAAAAAAUGGAUGUACCACUUGGCACAACUGCGUUUGUUAGUGGCGAGCGGAUGUUCGAACUUCUUUCGCCCGAAGACCAGGCGUUUGUGAAGACGAGCAAAAUAGAAUAUGCCCCACAUCCGUAUAUUUGGAUGAGCCAAGCCCAUUCCCGAUCCACGGGGCUCGGUAUACACUCAGAAGGCCUUGAGUUAUCCGACUCGGAACUGCCGCCUAUUGACCCUAGUAAGAUUAUGGUCUUCCCAAUGACCUGGAAAAACCCAGUGACGGGCAAAUUGGCCUUGCAGAUUCACCCCUCUGCCGUGCGCCGUAUUCACUGCGCCGAUGGAUCCACGAUCGAUGACUUGGCCCGUGUGCGAGACAUUGUCUAUAACUUGCAGCGGCCGGCCAUCAGUCCUCAGUAUGUGUAUCCGCAUGACUGGGAAGAUAACGACUUGGUGUUGUUCAACAAUCGUGGCGUACUACAUUCUGUGGUUGGUGCGUUCAAGCCUGACGAGGUGCGAUUGUUCCGUCAAUGUAACUUGGCAGCUUCGGAGCCUCCAGUUGGACCUUAG